GCUUGUCUUCGACGAUGUGGCUGCGCGUAACGAUCGUUCUAGUGAUAGCCCUGGUGGCUGCUGUUCUGGCCCAAAACGAUGGGCGGUAUCGUCCUCCGCCCACAAGGGCGAGUGCCGGAGAUGGCAGCUACCGCGGCGGUAACGAUGGACGCUAUCGCGGUGGCGGCGAUGGGCGAUACUCUGGAGGCAACGAUGGACGCUACGUGCACAUGGACAACAAGUACCAGCAUGACAAUCGUCCUGGUGGGGAUUACUCUGGCGACGCAGGGCGCUACGUGGGGGACAAGAACAGGGGUGGUGGAGGCGGAGGUGGUGGUGGUGGUGGUGGAUCCGGGGCAGGUGGUGGUGGUGCGGCCGUAGUAGUGGCGAGAACCACAGCCAGGCCUCAACCAAGACCCACCACUGCACCGCCGCCAGCGAUUAUCGAUCCCACCGCCAAUCUUCCCAAGGGACGUGGCACCGGCGAAGGUGGCGGCGGAUGGGCCAUCAUCCGCCAGGAAGACGAUGUGGAGGUCGAUGGCUAUCACUAUCUUUGGGAAACGGAGAACGGCAUCUUGGGCGAGGAGAGUGGACGCAUCGAAAAGCUGGCCGAGGAGGAGGGACUGCGCUCCAAGGGAUUCUACGAGUACACCGGACCCGAUGGCAUCCUGUACCGCGUGGACUAUGUGGCGGAUGACAAUGGCUUUGUGCCCAGUGGCGCCCACCUGCCCACGGCACCUCCACCACCGCCCUAUGUGGAAAAGCUGCUGGCCUUUUUGGAAGCAAAUGCCAAGACGAAGAAAUAAUUUUGGAUAUUGCAAGUGUACAAAGUUGAAAGUGAAUAAAAUGUUGUGCCAUAGGAA